AUGGAGACCAAAAACAUAACGGAUCGCCAGAUCACAGCGUCAACCGAGUACAACGCUGGAACAGGCGCCACCAAUGGCAGACUCAAUUUCAAGCCUGGAGGAGGUAAGAGUGGCGCAUGGUCCGCUCGUCAAAAUGACGUUCAUCAGUGGCUACAAGUCGAUCUUGAAGGCAAAACCGAAGUGACAGGAAUAGAAAUCCAGGGAAGACAAGACGACGAUCAAUGGGUUACGAACUUUACUAUUUCCUACAGCAGCGACGGCACCACCUAUACAUCUUAUCAGAACAGCAAGGUAUGGAAACCAAUGAAAAUCGUAGCAAGAGAAACUCAGGGAAUUAAAUAAUCGAAUUUCGACACGGUAACGUUAAAAUGUCUCAAAACCUCAGACCCGUAUUAGCCUCCACAAGUCCCUUAUUAGUGUAACCUUAACACUUUAUUUUCCCGCUGCAGGUCUUCAAUGGAAACACGGACCGCAACACCGUGGUUUUGAACGUUUUGCACCCUUCCAUAAAUGCACGCUACAUACGGGUGCAUCCUAGGACGUGGCAUGGCCAUAUUUCUAUGAGGAUGGAACUCUUGGGAUGUCCAUCAGGUACCGACAAUACUGUUUGUUUUCGUGAAAAUCAACAAAAAGCAGGGGCAUCCAACGACUGUUUUGAGUAAAAUAUCUGUUCGGAGAGCCAAAUAUUGCCGCCUACAAUUUUCUAUUACUUGAGGAAGGCUAAAAAUUUCUAGAUGAUCGUUCCAUUCAUGUACAAUUUACGAAGCAUAUCAAAUAAAUUCCCUACGAUUGUCUGAAGUUCAAUUUUUCAAAUUGCACUCCCCUUUAAAUGUGAGGGAGAGAGGAAUCAGAAAAAUUCUAACAUUCGUAAUAUGCUAAAAUGCAUGUAAAGUUUUCGGAAAAAUAUUACUGAAGCCCUUGUAGUUUCGAAAUGACUCAAGUUCCCCUAGGAUGAUCGAACAGAUACAAAUUCGAUAGCGCCGCUUAGAAUGCAUCUCUAGAGAUCUAAAAGUACUCUGGAAAGCCUGAAAUGUGUUUCAGUUUAUUUAGGAGGAAACUGUCGAGGGUGUCCCUGAAAAAGGUUCCCUCCGACUUAAAAUACACUCUUUUUUUUCUAUAAGAAUAUAUUUUAUAAGAAUAUCGAGGCUGAAAUUUGCGAAAUCUUAAGAAUACUUUAAGAAUAAACUCCAGGCUGAGAUUUUGAAAAGGAUAUAAUUUCCUGUGGUGAAAAUCUGUAAAUACAAUACAAAUAUACCUUUUCAAUUUAUUCCUUUCUUUAAACGGCAAAACUAGCUAACUAUAUUUAACAAAACUAUAAUUGAUACCUUAAUAUAUUCUAAUUCGGAAAUGUCAUAAGCUAUUAUUAAGAAUAAUACAAGAAUAUUUACAGCCUAAAAUCAGCGGAAAAGUAAGAAUAUUCAGCCUGGCCCUGGAAAACAACAUUCUUAUAAAAAAAAAAGAGUGUAAGCUGAUUUAAAUAAAAAUAAUCUGUUUUAGAAUCACGUAAUCAAUUUAAUAGCACGCACUAAUCGUGCAAUAUUCUUUGUAAAGCAUGUUUCGACCCGCUCGGGAUGGAGACCAAAAAAAUAACCGAUAGCCAGAUCACAGCGUCAACCGAGUACAACGCUGGAACCGGCGCUACCAAUGGCAGACUCAAUUUCAAGCCUGGAGGAGGUAAGAGUGGCGCAUGGUCCGCUCGUCAAAAUGACGUUCAUCAGUGGCUACAAGUCGAUCUUGAAGGCAAAACCGAAGUGACAGGAAUAGAAAUCCAGGGAAGACAAGACGACGAUCAAUGGGUUACGAACUUUACUAUUUCCUACAGCAGCGACGGCACCAUCUAUACAUCUUAUCAGAACAGCAAGGUAUGGAAACCAAUGAAAAUCGUAGCAAGAGAAACUCAAGCAAUUAACUAAUCGAAUCUCGACACGGUAACAUGUCUCAAAACCUCAGACCCGUAUUAGCCUCCACAAGUCCCUUACUAGUGUAACCUUAACACUAUAUUUUCUCGCUGCAGGUCUUUAAUGGAAACACGGACCGCAACACCGUGGUUUUGAACGUUUUGCACCCUUCCAUAAAUGCACGCUACAUACGGGUGCAUCCUAAGACGUGGCAUGGCCAUAUUUCUAUGAGGAUGGAACUCUUGGGAUGUCCAUCAGGUAACGACAAUAUUGUUUGUUUUUAUGAAAAUCAACAAAAAGCAGGGGCAUCCAACGACUGUUUUGAGUAAAAUAUCUGUUCGGAAAGGCAAAUAUUGCCUACAAUUUUCUAUUACUUGAGGAAGGCUAAAAUUUCUAGAUGAUCGUUCCAUUCAUGUACAAUUUAAAAAGCUUAUAAAAUAAAUUCCCUACGAUUGUCUGAAGUUCAAUUUUUCAAAUUUCACUCCCCUUUAAAUGUGAUGGAGAGAGGAAUCAGAAAAAUUCUAACAUUCGUAAUAUGUUAAAACGCAGGUAAAGUUUUCGGAAAAAUAAUACUGAAGCCCUUGUAGUUUCGAAACGACUCAAGUUCCCCUGGGAUGACCGAACAGAUUCAAAUUCUAUAGCGCCGCUUAGAAUGCAUCUCUAGAGAUCUAAAAGUACUCUGGAAAGCCUAAAAUGUGUUUCAAUAUAUUUAGGACGAAACUGUCGUGGGUGCCCCUGAAAAAGGUUCCCUCCGACUUGCACAACAGCGGUAAACUAUUUACUCGCAUACUCACUCGACUGCAGUUCACUUUUCCUACUACGUGCAUCACAAAAUCACAGGCCCAAAUAAGCUGUUUUAGAAUCACUUCAUCCAAUUUAAUAGCACGCACUAAUCGUGCAAUAUUCUUUGCAAAGCAUGUUUCGGCCCGCUCGGGAUGGAGAUCAAAAAAAUAACCGAUGGCCAGAUCACAGCGUCAACCGAGUACAACGCUGGAACAGGCGCCACCAAUGGCAGACUCAGUUUCAAGCCUGGAGGAGGUAAGGGUGGCGCAUGGUCCGCUCGUCAAAAUGACGUUCAUCAGUGGCUACAAGUCGAUCUUGAAGGCAAAACCGAAGUGACAGGAAUAGAAAUCCAGGGAAGACAAGACGACGAUCAAUGGGUUACGAACUUUACUAUUUCCUACAGCAGCGACGGCACCACCUAUACAUCUUAUCAGAACAGCAAGGUAUGGAAACCAAUGAAAAUCGUAGCAAGAGAAACUCAAGCAAUUAACUAAUCGAAUCUCGACACGGUAACAUUAAAAUGUCUCAAAACCUCAGACCCGUAUUAGCCUCCACAAGUCCCUUAUUAGUGUAACCUUAACACUUUAUUUUCCCGCUGCAGGUCUUCAAUGGAAACACGGACCGCAACACCGUGGUUUUGAACGUUUUGCACCCUUCCAUAAAUGCACGCUACAUACGGGUGCAUCCUAGGACGUGGCAUGGCCAUAUUUCUAUGAGGAUGGAACUCUUGGGAUGUCCAUCAGGUACCGACAAUACUGUUUGUUUUCGUGAAAAUCAACAAAAAGCAGGGGCAUCCAACGACUGUUUUGAGUAAAAUAUCUGUUCGGAGAGCCAAAUAUUGCCGCCUACAAUUUUCUAUUACUUGAGGAAGGCUAAAAAUUUCUAGAUGAUCGUUCGAUUCAUGUACAAUUUUCGAAGCUUAUAAAAUAAAUUAAAAUAAAUAAAAUUAAAAUUAAAGACCUAAAAGUACUCUGGAGAGCCAAAAAAGUGUUUCAAUGUAUUUAGGAGGAAACCGUCGUUGGGUGCCUCUGAAUAAAUUUUAAGCUUAAGCCGCUUUUUGAGCAUGUAUUAUCGAGGUUUUUCAGCUAUGAAAUUUCACAAAUAGUUUUGAAGAGGAGAGCUAGUGAGUAUACUUCGCUUUUAACGAUGGUUACCCGCUCCGUUUUACUAAAUUCGGGCGCCGAUAACUGUUUACAGUUAAACAGCUCUUUUAAAUCAUCGCUUUUUUAAGGUCAACUGUCGUGCGAAAAUCAAUUUAGACCGGGUGCUGCAAUAAGAAAAAAAAACAACAAACGAUCAGAAAACUGUUAAUAGCGCAAACGUUAAAAAGAGUGUUAAGCAGUUUACAGCUGUUACCACUAACACGCGCCUUUGAAGGGUUUUUUUUCUGUCUGUUUAAACCUGAGUUUUCGUGAACGUCAAUCAACUGUUUCCAUGGUUUUCCACGCGCUCUGACAGAGAAGGUUCCCUCAUCGCUGAAUGAAGGGCGAAUAAUUUCGAACGACGACGGCUUUUUUAUUAAGAUGAUUAAGAUAAAUUAUUUUAUUAAGAUGAAGGAUUACAUUGUUAAAACAACGAGGUCUCUGCGAGCUGAGUGAAAUAGCCGAAACAUUCUCUAUAGUUUACGUAACGGUUUUCAGGUUGUUUAUUUAUUUGAUGUAUGAAAACACGGGAGCUGUGGACGACUGAAUUGCCAAGAAGCUAGUAUAAAUUGAAAGAAACAAAAGAUAUCACACCGAAAAGGGAAAAAGUUUCCUCUGAAUGGAGGCUGUUUGCGAAAAUGAAUUUUACUACUUAUCAUUCUUCAUGUUAUGGAAUAGAAACCAGAACUAGCAAGAACUCAGACGAGUUGCGAGCGAUUGAGAAAGCUUAUGUGGUUGUAACUUACAGUGUGAAAAUAUGUCGAUAAUUUGAGUUUCCUCCGAGAAACACUCAACAAAUUCUUUCUCCUCAUAAUCUUGACAUGAAGCGGUGUCAGAUCCUGCAGCAAAAUAUUGCAAAAACGGCUUAAACGCCGACAUAUAUUCCGAGUGCUCAAGAAACGGAGAAAGAAUCUUCUCUAGGCCAACCGGCCAACGCGUGAAAAACCAUGGUAACGGUUGAUUGACAUCCACCAAAACGCAGGUUUGAACCGAGGAAAAAACCCUUUGAGGGCGCGUGUUAGUGGUAACCGCUGUAAGAUUAUUCCCUCAAUGGGUACUACAGCAUUUAUUACAGCAUUUUUGCAAGUUAACUGCAGAUUUCAGGUAUCCACUACCCAUGAUACUACAGCAUAGACCUUGUCAGGGUUUUCGACGCUGCGUCUUGACAAGUAGGCAAACGCGUGAGAAAUUACAGUCUUUGUAUGAGAAUCUAAUGUCGAAUAAUUUCCGUAGAACGGCUGUCCUGAAAAAAUAUGAAUUGUAAACUAAAGCUUCAUUCCUAAGGAUUCUACUCCAAAAAAUUGAGGGCGUUACAUGCGCUAAAAGACCUAGAACCACUUUUUAAAAUUUUCUAUACAUUUGUCUGUAAGAAAGUCUGUCUGUAUACUGCUCCCUGUCUGUCCUCCAGUUUGUUUUUGUCCUUGACAUUAGUAAGCAGUCGCCGUAAAGUGGUUAUCGGUUUGUGUGCAGUACCUAUAUUGUAAAGUUGUGUUACAACACGGACUUUGUUAGACGGAACACUCACAGUAACACUGAUUCCAACACUCAGAUCAACUCUGGCCCUGUUACGACAGCGACUAUACCGUAUAUUGCACAAACCGAUAACCACUUUACGGCGACUGCUUACUGAUGUCAAGGACAAACACAACCGGAGGACAGACAGGGAGCAGUAUACAAGAUCAAAUGCCGCGACUGCCAGGCUUCUUACAUUGGUGAAACCGGCAGAAACCUUAGCACGCGACUGACCGAACACAAACGAGCGACAAGGAAUGGUGACGUCAACAAUCACAUUGCUGAGCACCAUUUACAGACGAAACAUCGAAUUGACUGGGACUUUGCGACAUGUAUAACGCAUUCUACAGGCUACUAUCAACGUCUUACUUUAGAAAGUUGGUUUACUAACUCUGAAUCAUAGCCAACAGUUACCAGCGCCGUACAGACGACUUAUUGACGAGAUCAAGCAAAACUAACUACGAUAGAACGACUGGAGAACUGACAAUUUGACUAACAAUAGACGACUGUUUAACUGUGACAAUAGACGGAUCGAAACGCACCAGUUACUGAUUACGAGUCUUCAUAGCCAAUAACAUGACGGCUUACCUGACAGACGACCAAUAACAUCCCAAGGUAAUUGACCAAUCAGAUCAAUAAGCAAGAGUAUAAUACCAUCAACUGACGUGAUACAAUUCACUUUGACUGUGAAGAUGACUACCGCACAGGUUGUCGAAACGUCAGUCAUUGUCAACAACAACAGUCCUAUUCAGGACUACGUUCACCCGGACGAUCAAACUCAACCUACUUUUGAAAUGACUCCUGGGUUCAAACCUUUCACAGUAUUUCAUAGAUAUACAUUGUUUACCGCUAAAUGAAUAGGGUAUUUUAAGUGGCAUGUAUUUGCAAAAUGUAAGUGUGGUCUUAGGUGACGUGAAGGAAGGCAGGUUUUCGAUACUAAGCGGAGUCUUGUAUUGAUUUAAUGGCGGCUAAAUAGUGAGCUGCAUAGUUAUUAAAUCGGAACGAUUAAAUGGAUUCUAGUAUUGAUUUACGACGUAAAAUGAUUUUAGUUUAUUUGAACUUAGUAUUUUAUGUAUUUCUAUUUAUUAAAAUUAGCUCCAUUUGCCCAGCUGCUGCUGAUAAUGAUAAUAAAUACGCACAAGAUGUCCUACUUUCAGAAAACAGAUAUUUUAAUUCAACACCUGAAAGCGCGGGAUUUCCUAAGAAGGAAGAACUUUAGUCAAGUUUAGGGACAAGAUGUCCUCCUUUCAAAAAACUGGAAUUGACUGAGUCAUCAUAUCCAUCAUAUAAUACUCGUAGCCAUGUUAGAACUUUGAUGUCCAAAUAACCACUCAGGUUAUAAUGGUUGUUGGACAAACAAAAGAUGAUUGAGUGAUCGACUGAUAUCGAAAGUGAACUACUACGUGACGUACGGAUAAAUUCGAAUAAAUUACAAACGUCAAGUCGAAGGAACAGACUACAACAUCUGUGUUUAAAACAAAACUCAUUAGGCUAAGAUGAUUUUUCCGUUUUUUUGGAAUUUAGCCAUGAAGAGAGUCUUCAUCGUUAUUGCUUUAGUUAUCUUUGCUCCAUGUUUUGUUCCUCAGGCACAGGAGCUGCAACAAGUAGCGUCAUUUUUAUCCUCAGUGUUCUUAUCUGUAUGACGAACUUUGUUUAAUAACUCAUCUGGUUUCGAAGCGUUAGGAAGGAAAUUGGAGACAGACUGCAGCCAUUAACUAGCAUUGAUAUAAAAAAUUCGAUUUGACCGGUGAUACUCCUUGACUUAUUUAACCUCUGAGACUUUGAAGUCGACUGGUGUAAAAACAGGACGCAUAAAUGUAGACGAUAAUGGUGAAAAAAAAAACGGCAACAACAGAGUUUUUGAAACAAUGCGCAAAACUGACUCUUCCCAGUCGUUUCUGGAAGGGUUGGGCGUAAAUGCGGCCCAGUUUACGGCUUCCCAAUUUUACACUGUCAUUGCUGCGAAAUUCAGCGUUGCGACCAAUGAAAAAAAUUUGCUGUUGUUAUUGACUUAUAAAUUGUGGUAUAAGGUUUUAGUGAUAAAAUAAGAUUGCCAAAAGAAUUUCAGAAAACUGAGAAUGGAAAAAGUUCUCAAAACAAUUCCUGAAAGUAUUUCCGAAUUCGGCUUUUAAUUGUUUUGGAAUUGUGAAAAUGUAUCAGUUACUGAGGGAAAAUGAGUAUUUCCAGUUUCUUAUUCUAAAACCCAGGCCAAUCCCAGUCCCGCUUUUCUGUAAACACUAUAAAUUACUCAAAACCUUUGUUUGAAGACGAAUGUUUCAUUCAGGGAUAUUUUUGGCUCAAACUCCUGCUACAUGGAUAUCCUCAAUCAGGAGAUCUGCAUUACUUUUAUAAUGGCUGAAAUUUUAAUAACAAAGGUAUUGGGAUAACAAGCUAACGUUCGUCAGAGCUCGAAUGCUUCUGUUGAGUCAUUUGAGCAAAUUUGUUUAUUGCUUCGAAGUGAGCGCGUGUGCCAGUAAACAGCAACAAAUUCUCACCUCAACAACGGGUGGGGGAAACAUCAGUUUGUCCAAGGAGAAACGGUGAAGGGAAGAAAGACGACACGAAAUUGGUGUUUUAUAGAAUAAAUCUAUUUAUCAACCAUUUUCUCAUCAAACUGUCGAAAACUUACCAAGUAUUGCGAAUCUGCCGCCCACACAAUGGCAAAACAGAGAGACAUCGCGUCAGUUUUGAUUAUUGCGAGAAAACUUUUUAUUUGAGGAUAAAUUCUUAGAGUAAGUUUUAACGAAAUUAAACAUACUUAUUUUUCGCAGAAUUAAGAAAAAAUAUACGGUUCUUUUCGUUCAGAAAGUUUAAAAAAAAUGCAUUGCACAUAAAAUAUAGCUGUGGCAUCUACAAGUGAAAUUUUUACUUAUUGUAACUUUUAGCGAUAUGUCUGAACAACUGGUUGUACUUUCAUGGCUCAUGCUAUCGCGUCUUUAACACGAAACUGAACUGGGUUCAAGCAAAAGCAGCUUGUGAGAGACUGGGAUCCACUGUUGCCACGGUGAAAUCACAAGUGGAGGGACAAGCACUCUCCCCCAUAGUAUCGGAAGCCGUUUGGGUAGGAUUCAGUCCCAGCGUGGGCUGGAAUAGGCUUUUGAUGGGGCUGUUUUUGCCUAAAUUGUGCUCUAUGGCUCCAGAAGAGGCUGAAUCAGACAUUGACCUGUAGGGCUGAAUUAGCACUUUUUGGGGCUGAAACAAAUCUUUUUAAUUUUCACUGUGGACUACUUAAAAUUCGAUCAUAAAAAGAUGUUGUAUUCUAUGUUAUUACAUGGUGUUGAUGUGAAAUAGCAGCCGUUAGCAGAUGAUCAUUAAUUUUGAAUUUCUCCUGCUUCAUUUCUCAUAAGAGUAAGAAAAUUGCUACAGGACAACAAAUGCUAAAAUCGUUCGGACAAAAAUGAUGAAGAAAAGUCAUAACUUAUUUUACUGUUAUCUGUUAAGCGCGCGCAGAACCAAGUCAAUUUCUGGGUCAAAUCGAUCUUUUUUUUUUUAAUUUAAAUAUAUUUAUUGAUAAUCACAUUAAAUAAUUACACUUACAAUACUACAAAAAAAAAAACACUCUAACAAUAGACAUUAACAGAGAAAUUAUUACAGGGCUAAAAGAAAUUAGAAAAAAGUACAACAGGGCAAUGAAAUAGUACGGAGUUAAGACAGUUUACUUAAAUAAGGCGUCAGUAUCCACUUUCUUUUAAAGAAUUCUUUGUUGCUGAUUUUUUCUUCUGUUUCAUAUUUAGCGAUGAUCUUCGUCCUAAAUCCAUAAAUGUUUGGAAGGAUUUGUUUGCUUCUACAGUCCCACAAAUAGAGUUUUCCAAUAAUUAUAAAAUAGUUCAGCAGUUGAAGUAAAGGGCAAGCAUUUUCCGUCAAAAUUCCAAAGAGCACAUUUUCCAAGCAGAGGCAAAUUCGUUGAUUCGAAAUAAGGCACCAAUAUAAUUCAAAUUCAAUUACUGUUCUGACUGUUAUCUGUUAAGCGCGCCCAGAACCAAGUCAAUUUCUGGGUCAAACCGAUGUUGUUAUGCCAAAGAUUGUGGUGAACACUCAGAAAGAGCAUAUGUUUUCACUUCAGAAUCGUCAGUUGAGUCACUAAAUUGAGCCAGGACUCCUGAUUGAGCAUAGUUGAGAGGGCGAGCUCUUAGUCGGUUACGUAAUCUAUACUGAAUCAUAAGCAAAUGAUCAAUUGGCAUCUACCUUAAUACACCUUAUUACGGUCUCAUUGUUUUAGCCAGAUUUAAAGAAAUCACAACUUCUUUUCCGAAAACAUCAUUUCUUAAGACUAAGACUUCAUGUUCCAGCACUGAUCGUAUAAACACAGUCCCCCAGUACGUGGAGCAAUGUGUUUUCAUAUCACUCUCAAACAGAGAAUCUAAGUCUUUGAGCUAAUAAAUUGUACCUCCAUUCGUAUUGGUAAUUCAUGAGCAGUUUCAUCUUUACUAAAGCAAAGUAUAACCGAGAAAGACGUAGCCUCAUAAUAAAGACAAACUAAUCAGUUUUAAUCAUUAACUUUUUUUCAUUGAUAUCUGCAGCUUUUUUCCUACCUCCGCCAAAUAUUACGAUUCUGGUAUUUGAAAAUUGUGGAUUUACCUUGACAUGGGAGCGAUACACACAAAAAGAUAUUCUCACUGCUGGAUAUCAAGUAAAACUUGUUUCUGUCAAGAGUGGUUCAGAUAAAGUCACUAACGUUUCCAGUGACACUCAAAGUUACACGUUUUCAUCUGAUCUAAUUCCCAAUUCUGCUUAUGCAGUAAGUGUCAGGGCAAUAACAAAUGUUGGAUACAGUAACUGGACUGAAAAUCAACUGAAAGCAUCUGCAGGUAAUUCUUUCUGUAUUAUAUUUGUUCGUUCGUUCAUACAUGCAUUCCGUCGUUCAAUAAAAAUACAUAAAAAUACAUUUAUCGCAGAGCCUCGCGAGGUUUGGGGGAGGGAGGCCUGUGUUCGUCAUUAAUAAUAAUUAAUUUAUUCGUUAAAAAUAAAACCUGCAUUGAGUAGCAGUGGCCUGAAAAUUGGCGUUGUUACUGAUUUACACAUGCGCAUUCCUUUUCUGAAAGUUAUAUUGCUCUUGCUUCCUUUAGUGUCAAGUCUUUAUUUUAAUUGAUCACGUGACCAACAAAAGGAGAAAGCUCAAUAAUCAGGUCUGUUAAAAUGAGUAGAAAAUCAACAAUUCUAAAUCAAUAAUUUUCAAACUAAUAUGCUUACAGAUAUCCCUGACAAGCCAGUUAUUAAACAAAUUACGUCAAAGGGAUGCGUGGCUACUCUGCAGUGGACUGGGCCGACUCCCAGGGGGUGCCCAGUUCUCUUCUACAAGAUUCGCUACAAGGAAGAGAAAGCAACUAAAAGCGAGUGGAAUGAGAUAAACGUCACAGACCCAGACGCCAAUAAGCUCGAGCUGACUUUGAAGUGUGUUACAACAUAUGAGUUUGAAGUUUUAGCGUGGAAUAUCCUGGGACGGAGUCUUCCCUCUACUGUGCGAUCAGUAACAACGGAAGAGGGCCGGAGUGUUUUUAAAUCCCAUAAAAGUUUGUAAAAUUUUAAACUUCUAUAUAUUUUAAUGGUUUUUAAACGGACUAGUUCCGCUGAUACUUACUCCAAGAUUUUACCGUUAUAAAUACAAGUACUACGAGUAACAGAGUAGGCCGGUUAAUAUAACAGAAUUUACUAUAGCUAGUGUUUUGUUCUAAUUCAUUUGCACUUUCUCUAAAUCGAAACGUCUUAACUUUAUUCAACUCUAACAGUGUCAAAAUGGCAAAUUACCUAGAUUAGUAUGUGUAAUCAAAAUUAGGGAAUAAUUUCACGCGCGUUUUGUCCAAAUGCUAAUAAUUUCCCGAGCCUUUAGGCGAGGGAAAUUAUUAGGAUUUGAACAAAACGCAAGUGAAAUUAUUCCCUAAUUUCACGAGUAUACCAUUUGAUUACCUGUUAAUAUCAUGGGUGGCGAAUUACGUUAGCAAUCUUGGAUUUUUGACAUGUUUAUCCUGGAUUGUAUCGAUCGAGAACUCCAGUCUCUCAAAUGUUUAGACCUUAAAUUUGGCUUAUAAAGUUCAGAAUUUUUCCGAAUUUUUCGGCAAAAUACCUGUUAGAAUCCUUCUUGAUGUUCUCUUGUGUGUUCAGGUUUUCUAAAGCGUCUUUUUGUGCCCUCUCAUCUUCAUUCACGGCAUUUUAAAACUUCGUCGCCAUCUUGACACUGAGACGUACGGAAGGUUGCCAUGGCAAUUUUGUAAUUUCACAUGUGAAAUUACAAAUUAACGCUGAAAUUUCGCGCCAAAAUUAAGGAGUAAUUCGUCACCUAUGAUAUUAACUAUCAACAUAGUUAAAAUAUCAAACUGAAAAAAAGGUAUAGAGGCUCAAUGACCGACACGGCCGGGUCAGGAGUACUGUCGACCGUCUAGAACUGUCUUUUUUAGACUAUUUCAGUCACACUGUACCGGAUAGCUAUUGCGCCUGCGCGAAACCAUACAGGGCUUCUGUUCACACAUAGGGACAGUGAAUUCCGCUCAAAUUCUGUAACGGAGCGAAGCUGCGUCUCGUUGAUCUCUUAAGUGGAGAGUCACAUAUCAGAUGUCACAUAUCAGAUAGGUGUUCGUGCUAUAACGGAUAGCCCAUUCGUGUUGGCACGAAAAGCUAUCCGGAAGAUUGUAAACACAGCGCCUGAGUGAGUGAGUGAGUGAGCGAGCGAGCAAGAGAGUGAGUGAAUGAGCGAGUGAGAGUUGUCGUUGAUUUGUUUUCAUUAAUGUCAAUUUGUUUCUUUCUUUGUUGUUGUCUUUUCGUUUUUCUCCAUAACAUUAAAGGUCUUUCAUCGGGAAGUAUCUUUUUGAUCGUAUUUUCUAUCGCUCUGGUUGUGGUUAUUGUACUAGUUAUUGGUGUGAAGUAUUAUUACAACAAAGCUGAACAACCCCCUGCUGCUAAAAGGUAAGUGUACAGAAACGAACACACGGAGACUUGUGUGACGCUUUUUUUUCUCUGUUUAUAAUUCACAGUCAUUCCUUCUUUGUUUUUAUGUCUGUGAUAUACCCCCCUCCCUCAUAGCAGGAAGCCUUACAGCUUGCUAAAAUCGUUAGACUUGAGGACAGGCGCAAUGAACUCUGUAUCAGGACUUUUGAUAAAAUUACAAAGGCGGGCCCUUGUCAAAACAUGUAACCACGAUUAGGACUAUCGCCCAUAACUUAUUUCCUUAGAAAGUCUAACUCGUCUUUUAAAUGAAAAAUCAAGCGUUCUAGGCGAAGCUUCUUCCGUAGUAGUGUCCUUAUAAUAGCAAACUCACAGCCUAGUCCCUAGGCGUUCUCUCUUGCCCAAUUGUCCGCACGAAGUCUGAGAAAGAGCGGGCGAGUGUUUCUCGGUGACGUCACAGCUCACGGUAGAGUCCAGGAUUGACCGAGCCGAGAACGCUUAGGGACUAGGCUGGCAAACUCAAUAUCUUUUAAAAGUUACUGAAGUGUUAAUGCAAUUCUCAGUCCGCGAUUUGUUGUUAGGUUAGUACAAUCUUUAGUAGCUAUGAUUGAACUUUAUUUUUGUAUACUAUUUUAAUUAUUAUAUUGUAAACUCCAGUUUCAAGAAGGUUUUUGUAAAUUUUCUACAUAUUGUAAACCGCGGUCGGCAUAGUAAUUCAUUUUUAAUGCGGGAAUAUGGGGAUUAAACUUCUUAAUUCAUUUAUAAUAUUUUAUUUUGCUCACCACUCUUUUCAGAACCGCAAAAGAUAUUCAAGUAUUGGAUCAUUGUGAAAUUUCUCCAAUGAGAACAGAAUUUAUCGAAAAUUUGGGACAGGGAGCGUUUUCAAAAGUCCGAAAAGCUAAAUUGAAAGACGGUUUAAAGUACUUUGAUUUGGAGAAAACAAGCAGAAGCGAAAUGACUGUUGCCAUAAAACAAUUGCGUGGUAAGAGGGAACUUCUUGUACACAUAAAAUGAUAUUAUAGCGUUCAUUUAUCAAUCGUCUCACGAGAGUCGCUUUGUUAUUAACCGCGACAUUUCGAUCGCUUACUGCUGGUCUUCAUAUCACAACAUUGUGCUGUGUUGUUUGGGAAAUACCUUAGCUGAUUUAUGUUUGGCUUCAAAGGUGACAGCAACGUCCCUUAGAAAAUUAAUUUACCCACUUUCAAACUUUAUCGCGUCUAUUUGAACCCGCCCACUGAUUUGUCAAAUGUUGGCGAAUUUUACUGGAGUAAGUAAGUAAGCAAUAACUUUAUUUAACCACGGAAUCCCUAUCACUAAAAAGUGGUCUUCUAAAGAGCCGUGCCGUUGAAUUCUUAAGAUUUUUUCCUGGCUCCAAAAGGGAAAGGAAAAUUCGUCGGCGUAUGUUAAUGUCCUCCUUAAAACUUCGCAUUAGGAGGUUACACGUGGCAUGAAUACUUUCAAGAGGUUAGGAUAAGGCAUUUCUUCCGGGGAAGGCGGUAAAUUGUCUUAAGUGUCAGGUAAUCAAAAUAACCCACCGAUACUAGUAAUCAACUAUCUGCUUUCUGUUAAAGACGGUGCAAGCGAAGAGGAAAAAAGGCAAUUCCUGGAUGAAAUAGAACUCAUGAAAGAGGUGGGGAAACAUCAGAACGUGCUGAGUUUCCUUGGCUGUUGGACGACAACGAAACCAUUUCUUUUGAUCAUGGAGUAUGUUGCUCAUGGAGACUUGCUUUGUUGGCUUCGCCGAAAAAGAAGUCAGGUAUUUCAGAUAAAAAAUAAAAUAAGAUAAAAUAAGCUAUUGACUAUUUUAACGCCGACUUGUUUUUUACCAAACGCCCACAUUUUCCUGCUUGAAUUCUGGUUUGAUUUUCAGACGGUUUUUGUGAAUACAUGAGAAUGCCAUACGCAAAAUUCGAGCACAUCAACUUCUAUACUUUCAGUCGACGCCAUGUUGAAUUUUGAGCUCGAGUCAAGGGUUCCAAAGGAAUUGUGGACGAAAAUAUUGGCUAAUUUGAUUGGUUAAUGUUUUACAUUUGGCGUAUUAAUCCGCGUGCAACAAAAAGUGUCAGUACACACGAGGGGGCGUUUUCAAGUUCGUUCAAUUUGCCCCGGGAGCUUACUCCCAAAUAUUCAACUGGUUAAAUAUCGUGGAGCAUUUUGCGGGUUGGAAAUUCUGCUCCCGAGGAUAAAGUAUACCCAUGAAAUCGUUGGUACACACGGUGGAGCUUUGCUCCCGGAGCGUGCCCCUGGAGCAUGCUCCGGGAGCAAAACCCCUCGUGUGUAUCGGCCUUUAUGGAAAGAGACGCUACAGCAGCUUUAAAUCGAGCCGGUACUCAGUACUUAUGUCGUGCUGCCACGUUCAUGAAUGUACAGUUAAAUCCCGCUUUACACACACCCGUUAAUACGGACACCUCAUUAUAACGGACAGCUUGCUUGGUACCUGGGAGAAGAAACCCCUUACAUUUUCUCUAAAUUCAACCCGCUUAAUACGGACACUUUCUAUGCUCCCUCAGUGUCCGUCAGCGGGGUUUGACUGUAAGAUACAGUAAUAACGUAUAAUGUUUAAGCAACAUUUAGAAAGUAUUUAAACUGAAAUCCAUUUUGAUAAAAUGGACGGCAUAGGCAACUUAUCUAUUUUGUGGCUGCUGUCGUAAUUACCUUCACAGAUAAGCAGUUCGACCCUGAGAAACCCAGAGGCCAGUUUGAAGAGCGAAGAAUUGUAUGCCGGAACAAGGAAACAGAGUGUCACUGUUCGUCUGGUAUGGAGCUACUUGGGCAAACUAACACAAUAAGAAAAACACCCUGUCCCAAUAACCACAACGAAAAACUCUAUGGAUGCUGCUUCCCAAAGAAACAAAAUUAUGCUUCACUGUGGGUUUACUUUCAGAAUGGUCUCUUCAUGCGUCAUGACAAGUUUAUGUGACUACCGUAAAUAGCUAAAGCUCUAGGAUCAUCGUCAAAAGUGAUAGGAAGGCUUCUACUUUCUACCCCCCGCCCCUCGCCCAAUGUUAAACAAAACUUAAGUGUUUAUGCGCCUAAUUGUAGUGUUAUAUCCCAACAUUGCAUAGGGGGAAAGGGGGGGGACGAAGAAAAUUUGGUUGAAAGGAAAACCAUCUUUCUUGAGGAUUAGAAUGAACUGCUUUAAACCUGAACAACCUACCCAACUGCUUUUAUCAGGGAUUGUAGAUUCGACAGAGCUACCACGCACGUUCGCAGGGUAAGAAGAAAAUACAAACAAUUUUCCCGCCCGAUUAGGUAUUCGCCGAGUCAUCUGGACUUUCUUGGGUGAGGGUCUGUUUCCUGUGGCUGUAUUUCUUUUCUUCAAAUCAAAUUACUUCUCUGCGUCGUUGAUUUAUUUCCCUAUUUCUCCGGACUAAGAUUUAUGGUGACUUACAGUUUUAAAUUAUAGCAGUGACCUUGAUCUUGCUCUUGACUUUAGUAUGGUGUGGCAUAGGAAAAGAAGAGUGGAAGACAGUCGGGUUUUGUGAGAGGUCAGGGCCUUCUAAGUCAGCUCUUUAUAAGUUGUACAAAGAAAAAAAUGAUACCGAUGACGAUGAAGAAUGUACAAUACCCAUUAUUGUAUUUUCCACAUUAACUGAUGUAAAGGAUCAAUUUGCUCUUGGCUGAAAUAUGUCGCAAAAAUAGCAAAGUGAGGAGUACAUCUGGGGCAAAGAUGGUAAAUAGCACAUUUGCAUACGAAUCUACACCGGAUGGUAUACAAGGGACAAAUGUGGCAUUUGCCAUCUUUGUCUCAGAUUUACCCUUCCGCUUUCACAUUAUUGCAAAAUAUUUGCCAAGAGCAAAUUUGUGCAAAUCCAUUUUCUUUUCGUCCAGUUGGAUGAGUUGGCAGAAAACACUGAGGACGAAUGUGACUACGACUGCGAAUCGUUCAUUCCAUUUGAUCUCAUGUCAUUUGCCCGGCAGGUUGCCCGUGGAAUGGUAAGGAAUGUUCUGUCGUUAAUUCGGUAAAUGCAAGUCGAAACUGAAUGAGAAAGACCUCAGAAACUCACCGAUAGCAAGUUCAUGAACAGAAAAAGUUGGUCUUAAAAACAAAGUUUCUCCUUGUGUCUCUAAACUCUCUUCUUGGUAUUUGGCACGGUUAAAAACUGUAUGUUAACAUUAUCCUGCUUAAUUGUUUGAACAUGCAACUGACUAAAACGAUCUGAGUGUUUAUUCAAAAACAGUCAACCAGGUUCGUGUCAACGCCAUUUUCGAUUUUAUAGAACAUUUUAACCCUAUUCAGACCGUUUUUAUUUCUUUUGUUGCUUUCUGCUCCAAAAUCGCUCAUGGUACGGCCACCAAAAUUGCACAUAAUAACGUAUUCAUCGCCUGAACGAUUGACAUAAUGACGUAAUGUCACGUCAUUAUGAUGCCAUAUUGUUGAAUUUAUUGGCGGAAUCCAAAUUUCAUCAAUUUUCUCCUCUCAAAUUAGACAUAAAGACUUAAAUAUGUGUCCGAUAAAAUCAAGAUGUUAACUAACACUUAUUAUGACGUUGUUUAUUAUUAAAGAAAGAACUGGAACCAUCUGCCAUCUUGGACCUGCCAUUUUGAAUAAAUCAAAUGUAUAUCAAUUUACCUAAAACAAAUUUAUAAUUAACUAAGAUAGUGCGCGCGUUCUGAUUGGUUAAAAACCUAUAGUUUAAUGUGCCGGUAAACUCAUAGAAAACUUAAAGUUAUUUUAUAAAAGCAAUAGACCACACUUUCUAUGGGUUUACCGGCGUGAUAACCCAUUUGGGAUGUUGGGAGAACACUCCAAAAGCUUUUAAAUCACUCGCCUUCGGCUCGUGAUUUACACGCUUUUCUCGUGUUUUCCCAACAUCCCGCGUGGGUUAUCACGCCGACAAACCCAUGGAAAAUGUGGUCUCUUGCUUAAAUAAAUGGAAGUAAUUGUGAUAGACUGAAGGAUGCAAAAAAAUCUGCAAGUUAUGAAAUUCUUGAAGAGAAAUAAACACCAGUACUGUUGAAAAUUGAACUCAUCGUCUGCCAUUUGCUCAUUCUGAAUUUUUCUCAUUUAGUAACUAAAUAACCUAGACUACAUAAACAGCUUUAAUCAAGUAAAGAUAGACAAGAAAAACCUUUUUUCACAGAAAUAAUGCAAAGUUUUGAAAUAUAUAGGCUGUUAAAACUCAGCUAAAACUCGGAUACCAUGGCGACGUCAAUGUUGACAUAUACGUCACGACGACUAGGAAAUGUUCCUGGGAAAGAUUUUGAACGGUUUUAACCUGUUUAUGUUUUUACAGAAGUAAAAAUGAGAUGUAAAUAAAUGCAGGUUGUUGACGCUAGAAGGAACUUCAUAAAAAACUGAAUUUAGGAAUCACUGGGAAGACCCUAGCCUGAGAAAAUAGGGAGCUUUAGCAUCGACGACGGCAACGGCAGCGAAAACGUCAGUUUUAAAAUGACUGAGUUCCCGUUUUUUCAUUCUUUGUCGCGUUUAUUCCAAUUUGCUGAAAAAAGGCAAGUGUAGGCGAAUUUCCCUGGAGUUGAUUUCUUGAGGACCGCACUCAAGUUUAGAGAGAGAAAAAGAGAUACGUCGUCGCUUGUUUACGUCCUCCAUAAAACUUGCAAUUAGGCAUUUUCACGGCGUAGUCGUGCAAGGACGGUGAAUGUUUUUUUACAAAAAAGCGUGAUGCACGUGCAAAGUUGUUGUUUUGCGUAAUAAACCUAUUGCUUUUUUGACGUUUUGGUUGCCGUCGCCGUCGUCGUUGCUAAAGCUCCCUAAUAGCUGACAUUUGGCGACGCCACCAUCCUUGGUUUCCCCAAAAAAUGACACCUGAGAAACGAGCGCAGAAAUUUCCAGAUCUUGGUAGUGCCUCUGAUAGGUCGUGCCGCGUGGGAAAUUUGCUAUAACCAAUCAGAAGCACUAUUCAGAUCUGGGAAGUGACGCGUCAUCAGUAUGGAAUUUCUGCGCUCGUUUUUCAGAGGUUAUUUCGCGGGAAAACCGGUGGUGGCUUCGCGAAUUUCUCAGGCUAGGAAGACCGUAUUAAGGCACGUCUUAAUCACUGUAUGCGAGCCAGUAAUGCCACCUUCGAAAGGUCUUAAAGCCUGAAAAUGAAGGCUUGAUAUUGUAUAGAAGAAUUUAAAUACUUUUGGUUUAAGUGGUAGUUACAAAACAAACCUCAGAAGUUCUUGCUUACAAGAAAUCCUUAGUCCCGAAAUCAUUAUCUUAAGAAGCUCCAGCUGCCGGAUAAAGUCCAGUAAAUUAAAUAUGGGCAUUUUUACUACGGUAGAUUAAACUGGCAUCGGAUUAUCCUUUAAGUUAAUUAUUUGCAAUUUUCAGAGCUACCUCGCAGAAAAAGGCCUUGUUCACAGAGAUCUAGCCGCGCGAAACAUCCUUGUGGCACACGGUAAAAAGCUUAAGAUUGCUGACUUUGGUUUGAUGCGGGAAUUACAUCAUGGGAUGUACGAAGUAAAAAAGCAAAAGAGACUGCCGAUCAAAUGGAUGGCACCAGAAUCAUUGUACGAACAAAUUUUCAGUUGCAAGAGUGAUGUGUAAGUAAAAAGUAUAACAUAGUCCACGCACUACAGAACAGAGAUUAGAUCAGUAAGAUCAAGACCAACCCUAAUGAAGAAACAAACCUGCCGUGUUCAGUUCUUCCACUUUUUUCAUUAUUUUCACGCUUUUCUUUAUAUUUUGUAAGUAAACGGAUAACUAAGUAUGGUAAGAAAACAACCAAAAUACUGCACUGGUAUCAAGUGUGAAGCUGGCUUUAAACCUCAAGUAGGCAAGACCCUAUUUACACGGGUCUGGACAAAUUUUUGAACGCAGGGUUUUAUCUAGGAUUUUUCGCUUGGGGGAGAAGUCCCGAGUGGCCGAAGGCCCCGAGCUCCUAGGGGGAUCUGGGGACAUCGCUGAGAUGCAAUCUGCUACAUUUUGAGACACAAUUGUGUCCUUAGACAGGUAUUACUUACUUCAUGUGCACUGACUUCGUCGCGUCUGGAUAAUUUUCCGAUAUAGUUACUUUUAUACUGUAACAAUAACAAUAUUUUUUGGGGGAAGCUUCUACCCCUCAAAUACCCUAGAUAGAACCCUGGAACGGACAAACUCUUGUACGAGUCCGCCUUUCCUUUACAUGGAAUUGGCCAGGACCGGCGGAUACGUGCACGUUUUUGAACAGAAAAGAGUAAUACGAUUUGUGGUUUGUAUAAACGGGUUGCACAGGUAAAAAUUCGUCCGUUCAAAAUUUUGUCCGAAGCUGUGCAAUGAGAAAUGUCCAGAAAUGCACGCAUUGGCGAAAAUGGCAAAAAUGGCGAUUAAUCGCCAAAAUCGCCAAACUGUAAACAAAAUUCAAAUGAGAUAGGAAAGGGGUCCUUUGGAAAGUGGCGAUUUUGACGAAAAUGGCGUAUUUACAAAAGGGAGAGAGUGUUCGUUCAAGCCAACCAAACCAAAUUUCAUGACCCACAGCUAAUCCACCAAUUACUCGAGGAGAGACCCACCAAGUCCUUGAAAUGAUACUGACUAAUUCCUUACCAUGGACACUCUAACUUUUGAGGUUCGAUGUAGACCUAAACAAUCGACUGCGAAACGCCAGGAACCGUGCGUUUCGCAGUCGGUUUUGAUUUAAGCUGCCUCACAAGUUAAUGGCACCGAUGUUAAGAGAAUUGACACCAAUGAGGAUUGUUUAGGUCUACAUCGAACCUCAAAAGUUAGAGUGUCCAUGGUAAGGAAUUAUUAUCAUUUCAAGGACUUGGUGAUUGUCUCCUCGAGUAAUUGGUGGAUUAGCUGUGGGUCAUGAAAUUUGGUUUGGUNGUAGACCUAAACAAUCGACUGCGAAACGCCAGGAACCGUGCGUUUCGCAGUCGGUUUUGAUUUAAGCUGCCUCACAAGUUAAUGGCACCGAUGUUAAGAGAAUUGACACCAAUGAGGAUUGUUUAGGUCUACAUCGAACCUCAAAAGUUAGAGUGUCCAUGGUAAGGAAUUAUUAUCAUUUCAAGGACUUGGUGAUUGUCUCCUCGAGUAAUUGGUGGAUUAGCUGUGGGUCAUGAAAUUUGGUUUGGUAAGACUUUGAAAGGAAUAAACCAUAAAAAAGCAAAUGAUGCUAGUGUGAUAUUUCAGCGCAUCACAUUACUUUUGGCAAGUCAAGCGAGAUCGAAAGUAAGAAAAUGUUUACUUAACCUGUGAAGUACAUGGCACAAAUGCAUAAGCUUAAGUGAAACGACUUCCAUUCGUUGUUUUCAGAUAUAUUUGAUUGAGUUGUAUUUGAUAAAUAUUACUUCACAGUUAAAUAAAGCCGUUUUGUGAUAUAUCUGAUUCAGUUGUAUUUGAUAAAUGUUGCCUCACAGCUAUUGGGGCCUCUUUAGUUAUCUAAUUUGAAGGGGCCACUUUUGGCAUCCAAUUUGAAUAUUUGCCACAUUCUGAACUUUUUUUUAGUAAUGUUGCCUCACAGUUAUAGGGACGUCUUUGGUUAUCUAAUUUGAAGGGGCCACUUUUGGCAUCCAGUUUGAAUAUUUGCCACAUUCUGGAUAUCGCCAACCCCUUGGCGAUUUUCGCCAAAAUCGCCAGUCUCCUAGGGGUCGGGACGUUUAUCGCCAUUAUCGCCAGCCCUCUGGCGAUUUUCGCCAAAACCGCCAAUUUUGCCAAUGUCGCCAGUCUCCAAGGGGCCUCUUUUGGCAUCCUAUUCAAAUCGCCAGAGGCUGGCAAUUUUUCGAAAUUUUUUGCUAUUUUCGCCAUUGCAUGCAUUUCUGGACAUAAUUGAAACACACGGACAAACAAAAUAGACAAAUAAAACAAGAAUGUCCCUAACCAGACAAUGAUCAGUUAUGGAUUCACACUCCCCCUCCUGAUUUAUCCAACAGUGGUUUUCAGUGGUGCUCUGUGAAUUUCAUUUUCUUUUCUGCAGAGGGUUUCGUGUCUUUUUGUUUUUCUUUGUCUCUAAGAUAGUCUAAAAUUGAAUAACUUUAUGAAGAGUUAUAAAAUCCAUGCACACGGAUAAAUCACUAUCCACUGGAUAGUGCAAUUGGUUUCCCUAACACAUUUCCGUUGGAAAGUGAUUUAUCCGGUGGAUAGCGUUUCAAAUCCAACUUUUGAACAACUGGGGCCAGAUGUUAACGUGCAUGAUCUUGACAUCGAUGUUAGUGAGCUCAUAUGUUUUGUGAUUCUUGCGUUAAGUUGCCGUUGUUUUUUCUUUUGAGUGUUGUUUUUUCUUUUCGUUUUGAUAAAAUAUAGUUUGAAAAAAAAAAUCUGAUGAAUUCGCUAAUUAAAUGCUAAAUAUCAAAAACUUGAGAUAACCAUUAUAAUACUUUUUUUUCACAGUUGGUCGUUUGGAGUUGUCAUGUGGGAAAUAGCAACCCUUGGUAAUGUUACAAAAUGACAGGUUCUUUUUAGCAAAUCCAUACACCCACUAGGGAAACUAUAUCCUGCCCUCUCCAUUUAUUCUUGUAACCUGAUAUUUAAUUCAUUCUACAAAUAGCAUCUUCAUCUUCAAAUCUUGUAAUACAAUACAAAUGGCUUGUAAAAUAAAUAAAUGGAAGGAAAAAAUAAACUAAACUAAGGAGACAGUGUUUCUGGCACAUUUUCAUUACUUUUCUUUGUUUCGAAAAAACUUGUAGUCUUAAUCUGGUAUAAAAUUAUGAAGAGUUUAUCAAUGCGUAAUGACUAUUCCGGGAAUAAUCAAUUUUUGGUCUAUACUUUAUAGGUGGUUCGCCGUAUCCGCUUUUAAAUAACAUAGAUGUCAUGAGACGUCUAAAGACAGAAUACCGCAUGGAAAAGCCCGACUUGUGCCCGGAUGACUGGUAAGUUUUUUUAAAAAAAUGUUGACUAGCGGUGGAAAAAGGGAUUUUUUCCCCUUUAUCUUUCUUGUUGGUAGUUCACUGACAACUCUCUCUUAAUGGCGUUUAAGGUGGUUCGAACCACGAUUUUAGGUAGGCAUAUACCUUCCAUCUUUGAGCCCCUUAUACCUAAAUGACUUGUGAAUCCAUUAUAACAAAUAGAUUAUACGUAGACUGGACUUUAUAAUGAUUUAGUAAAAUCCAAGUAAAGUUCUAUUAUCAAUGCUGCGUUCUGAUCGGUUGGGCUACUACUGGGCUAUAUGUUAUAGCCAACCAGUAGCGAAAAGCGUUGGCUUUGAAAACCAAAACAAUGGGGGCUGAAUCGCGUUUUGCUACAAUCAGGGACAAAAGUAGUUGACACACUUGUUUAAAAGGGGUGCUUUUAACAAACAUUUAAUUCAUUUAUUAUUUCAUUCUUUUUAAACGCCGUAAAUCCCCUCACCCCCCGAAUCAAUGUUGUCUGAAGUAAAAAGAACACUUGAGGGUCCAAAAUUCAACAUUGAUUUUGGGGGGAAAGGGGUUGGGGUAGACAGGGGAAGGAGAUAAGUAUAUCCACUAUGCAAAAAGGGGCCAUUUUAUGGAAGUGUGUCAACACUUUUGUCCCUUAUUGUCUGAAUGCAAAAUUGUGCUGCUGCACACAAGUUGAGCCGUGCAUGACACUGAUUUUGACUGAAAUUAAACAACAUAAUUAUGUUAUUGGUGGUGGGGGUGACAUUGACUUAUUCACGACCGAAUUAUAGGGCCAAUUCGAAUUACGUGAUGACGUCAUAAAAGGGCUGCGAUAUCCAGAAUUAACGUCGAUAUGGUUUACAAGCUAAAACCUGACGCUGAAACUCGCGCACAUGUACAACUUUUGAUGAAUUUCAAGGGUAUGCCUACUGAAAAUAUUUUUAAUAAAGUGAAUAUUUCUCGUUCUUCACUUUAUCCGAUUGUUAAGGCGCAAACAAUCACGGGUAGGGUAAGGNACACACUUGUUUAAAAGGGGUGCUUUUAACAAACAUUUAAUUCAUUUAUUAUUUCAUUCUUUUUAAACGCCGUAAAUCCCCUCACCCCCCGAAUCAAUGUUGUCUGAAGUAAAAAGAACACUUGAGGGUCCAAAAUUCAACAUUGAUUUUGGGGGGAAAGGGGUUGGGGUAGACAGGGGAAGGAGAUAAGUAUAUCCACUAUGCAAAAAGGGGCCAUUUUAUGGAAGUGUGUCAACACUUUUGUCCCUUAUUGUCUGAAUGCAAAAUUGUGCUGCUGCACACAAGUUGAGCCGUGCAUGACACUGAUUUUGACUGAAAUUAAACAACAUAAUUAUGUUAUUGGUGGUGGGGGUGACAUUGACUUAUUCACGACCGAAUUAUAGGGCCAAUUCGAAUUACGUGAUGACGUCAUAAAAGGGCUGCGAUAUCCAGAAUUAACGUCGAUAUGGUUUACAAGCUAAAACCUGACGCUGAAACUCGCGCACAUGUACAACUUUUGAUGAAUUUCAAGGGUAUGCCUACUGAAAAUAUUUUUAAUAAAGUGAAUAUUUCUCGUUCUUCACUUUAUCCGAUUGUUAAGGCGCAAACAAUCACGGGUAGGGUAAGGAUUGACACGUAGUGGCGAUAGUCACUGGCCGGCCACGGAAAUAUGGAGCGUUAGUGAGGAGCGGCCGUUACUGCAUUCAAUAUCGAAACUACGGAAAAGUGAAGAUAAAUUCAUGGCCAAUUCAAUAGAAAACUAAGGACAGCGUAGCAACCAUUGCAAGUGUACACGAAAACAAUUACUUUCAAUCCCACCUCGUAACACCCUGUGUGACAUACAACGCAACGCAAAUAGCGUGACAUGAGCGUAUAUGUCUGUGUAUUUGGACUGCAUUUCUUAAGCGAAACAGCGUCUUUUUGUCUAUUGUCGGCAAAGAAAAUGAAAAGAGAGCUUUGAAACGUGAACUGGUAUUUGACUCCCAAAGAAAACGACAGCUCAAACUGAGGAAAACACUGUUUCCUUUGUGUAAGUAACAUUAGUCUGUUAUGACCUCUUAAUGUCGAUAUGUAUUCUCGUGGUUAACCGUUGAAACUCCUUAUUUGCACCUCAUCGCUGGAAUUUUUCUCGCCAAGAAUACGUAUUGCGAAGCACUCUCUACAUAGCCGAAUCUUCUUUUGCCUUUUGUGAGGAAUUAGCGCAUACAAAAGGAAGAUUUUCCAGCGCACGGCCGUCAGCGAUCACGUGUUAUCCCGCUUUCCUUGUCAUCAAGUGAACUUCUGGGCCAAAGUAAUUGCUGUUUUGGCGAUGAUACAAACUGGUGUCUCUUACAAUUUCUUUGGCAUUCUGUCAUUUACGAGCAGGGAAAUGAAGUAGUUGUCCAUCCAACAUCAACAGAAAACCAUGCCACUGAAUAAAUGGCAGGCGGUCAUCUAAAAUCAUUACAAAAGUACAUUCCUUACCUGGUCUAACCUGUUCGACGCCUACCUACGCUUAAGGUUUGGAUCAGUUAGGUUUGAAAAGGUCUCCAAAAAAAACACAUCUAUAUAUAGAGCAUAGCACAAAAGGCUGGCUCAUCAUUUAUGAGGUGCAUAACCUGUAUAUUGUUCACGUCCCUUCACUAAUGGCACAAGUCAAUGUCAAAAAUAAUGCAUGUCCCCUCCGUUACUCUGCAGUACUUCAUUCGCUUACGUUAACCAUUUACCAGAAGAAUUUUCAUUGUACCGUAGUGUUUCCAUCCUUUUUCCACUAUUGAUAAUACUUGCGAGAACAUUUCAUCCGCAGCAACGGCAUUGAUCACAACACAAAUGAUUUCCUCUCGACCCGAUAGGGUAUCAGGAACGCGCGCGGGAGUACAAGAUUAAGUAAUGACAUGCGCCUCGUACAUUUUACUCUACGUAUACUACAAAUCAGGACGAAACUUUUCAAAUUGUUGUUUAUAAACAAACAAUUUGGCCCAUAGAGUAACGUCAUCGCACAAAAUUCAGCAGCGUCAAAAAUCUAGCCGGAAAACACAGAUACAUAUUUCAGACAAUCAGGGACAAAAGUAGUUGACACACUUGUUUAAAAGGGGUGCUUUUAACAAACAUUUAAUUCAUUUAUUAUUUCAUUCUUUUUAAACGCCGUAAAUCCCCUCACCCCCCGAAUCAAUGUUGUCUGAAGUAAAAAGAACACUUGAGGGUCCGAAAUUCAACAUUGAUUUUGGGGGGAAAGGGGUUGGGGUAGACAGGGGAAGGAGAUAAGUAUAUCCACUAUGCAAAAAGGGGCCAUUUUAUGGAAGUGUGUCAACACUUCUGUCCCUCAUUGUAGCUAAAGUUGUUUUGUCUCGAUAUUUUUUACCAACUAGUUGGAUUUUACUAAAACAAGUAUUCCUCUCUCUCUCUCAUGGCCUCUGAGUCAAUAGCCCAUGAGGCCUUCGGCCUCAUGGGCUAUUGACUCAGAGCCUAUUCGGGCUCGAGGAAUAAUUGUUAAAAAUUUUUUCGAGAUCGCAAAUGGAAGUCUCGUGACAAUGAAGUCAAUUGUGAGUACCUCCAGGCUGCACUGCGCCAGUGUGCGACGCUUCACAAAAAAAAUUAGUACACGAACUCUAAGAUAACUUGGAUUUCUAAUUAGGGUAUAAUAUAAGCGUCGACUGAAGACUGGAUGUUUAAUACAUAAAAAAAGUUUGCUACUUCUUGGAUGUUUCCGAAAGGUUUUUUAACUCUCAUUAUUCACAAUUAUCCUCCACACAUGCUCCACGGUUGAACUUGCGUGAUUUAAAAAUUGAAAAUAUACAUGUAGAAUAUAUGUAUGGGUUAAACGUAAUACAUGAGCUCGUGGGUUGGUGUUAUGUGUGCCCCUUGCUUUGAUUUACUGGUAAUUCGUGAUCCACCUUCCCCGUGCAUGACGUGGAAGGUGUGCGGUUCCCAGCCAACAGCUCCCACUUGUGUUGUGUAGAGCUGGCGCUUGAUAGACUGCUUUGCACUCACCUCCACAGUAAGGGUUUUUGAGACACGGGUUUUCCCCGUUCAUUAACCCAACGGCUGUUCCACGCUGGUGGGACCCAAUAAGGGCGAAAAAGCUGUCUGUGGUUGCCACUGCCUCUGAAAUCUUUACUCGUUGGCACUUAGCGAUAGCUAUAACUAGUAAUAAUGAUAAUAAAAAAUGCAAUUGUCACCGUUCCUUUAUAAAAAAAUGUCUCUCACAGUCCUUGAACUGCCCUAAAGGUCAAGCCUGUUGGGCUUUACUACUUGUCUGUCUCUCCGGGUCACAUAUGGGGUUCCACUGCUCUCUUUGGGAAGCUGAGAAUGCUGCUCUUGGGAUGGUGGAUCCGGCAGCACUGCAGGAGGUGCAGCUUGAUUAGACUUUUCCUUGGCAACGGUCAGGUUUGCUCUGUUCUCCAAUGACGGUUCAGGAUCUAUCUCUUGUUUUGGGGGCGGGGCAAACUCGUAGAUGCUGUCGGUUGCGGCGGUAGUUUCUCCCGUCUUCAGUUUGCACUACAUAACAUCUUGGGGUGUGGUGAUGUCUUACAACUGUUGCUGCUCUCCAUCGUUUGCUAUCCGUCUCAGGCUGCAUUCUCACGUUAGUACCCUGUUUAAGUUCCUACAUACUCUUGCUGGCAUAGCGGUCAUCGUACUUUUUCUUAUGUUCUUUAGUCUUCUUCAGGUGUUUGGAGAUUUCAUUCUGAUUGUUACCGGUUGGAGUAAGCAAACUUUCCAUCAUAGACAGCUCAUUUUUCAGUCGGCGUCCCAUUAAUAGUUGCGCUGGUGACAUUCUGAUGUCUGGCAAGAGGGUAAUUCUUACUCACUUUCUUCUUCUUCUGGAUCAGAGUCCUCUACUUCUUCAAGAUUGUGGAAUUCUUUUGAUCUGCAGGACUUUGUAUCUUCUUACAGAGUCCGCACUGUUGUCCCAUUGCUGGACAUUUUUUAUGGGUCUUAUCAUAACCACAUCUACCACAUUUAUCUUUGGACUUGCUAGUCUCAGGUUUCUUCUCUUCACCUUUAUUUCGUGGACGCAUUUGUUUUGCACGUUUCUUCUUUUCUAUGGCAUUCACAGUUGGCUUCACCCUUCGAUAGUUUUUUCAGGCUGUUUCAAUUCGUUUCGUGGUCUCGACCAAUUUCAACCGCUUUUUCAAGCGUCAAUUCUUUGGCCAAAUCGAGAUACUUUUCCCGAACUUUUGCGUACUUGCGCCGACCACUUACUUAGUGGUGGUCCAGUGCAACGAUGUCCGUGUUGAAGGAAGAGUUGUAUAGAUAAGUAGCUGUUCCAAUAGCUGUAUAGCUAUUUAAAGUCUUUUACUUUAUUAUAAUUUAGAUAUAGAUCGAUUCGUCUUUUAAUUUGCCGGGAAAUGAGAUUAUUUUAUACGUAAUUAUUGACGAACUAAAAAGGCGAGGAAGCUAAUGAGGACCCCAACUAAUGAUAAUUUGUAAUUUAACGUAUAAACUUAACAAAAGUUUAUGAUGUGAAAGCCUCAUGGAUUCUUUAGGGAUAUCAAAAGACAUCAUCGACGAUUAAAAAUAGACUGCUUUUGUCCCUUUACUUUCUAGUUAUUCCUUGAUGAAAGACUGCUGGAAGCAGAACCCUGAUGAGCGACCGAGUUUUCCAGAAUUGGUUGAAAGAUUAGAACAACUGGUACUUCAGGAGGUGGAAUAUUUAGAUUUUAACUUGUUGGACGAAACUAAAGAUUACUAUCAGGUGCCAGCUGAGUCAAAUACGGGGGAAAUUGACGACGAGGAGAUGUCUUUUGCAUAG